AUGUGUUUCAGGAACUUCUAUUACAUUACAAUGCUGAGGGAUCCGGUGUCACGGUACUUGAGCGAGUGGAAACAUGUCCAGAGGGGUGCGACAUGGAAAACUUCCCUUCACAUGUGUGAUGGAAGAAGUCCAACGCCCGAYGAGCUUCCUACCUGUUAUGAGGGAGAAGAUUGGUCUGGAGUCAGUUUGCAGGAGUUUAUGGAUUGUAGCUACAACUUAGCCAACAACCGCCAGGUGCGCAUGCUGGCAGACCUCAGCCUGGUGGGAUGUUACAACUUGACUUUUAUGAAUGAGAGCGAAAGAAAUAUGAUCCUUCUCCAAAGCGCCAAGAACAAUCUGAAAAAUAUGGCCUUCUUUGGACUCACAGAGUUUCAGAGGAAAACGCAGUAUCUCUUUGAGAGGACAUUCAACCUGAAAUUCAUUUCCCCGUUCACCCAGUUCAACGUCACGCGGGCCUCCAACGUGGACAUAGAUGAGGGUGUGCGGCAACGGAUAGAGGAGCUGAAUUUCUUGGACAUGCAGCUCUAUGAAUACGCGAAGGACCUCUUCUUGCAGCGCUUCCAGUACUCCAAGCAAGAGGAGCACCAGAAGAACCGGCUAAAGAGGCGAGAGGAGCGAAGGCUGCUGCGGGAGCAGAGAGCUCACCAGUGGCCGAAGGAAGAGGCAGAGGCAGCACAAGUUGCUGUUACUGAAGAUUAUAAUAGUCAGGUCGCGAGAUGGUGACGCCCUUGCCUCUUGACUGGGCGAGGAGCAUCAGAGAGGAUAGUAUUUCAUGCAACUUGGCUACGCAGAAAUCAGCCAAGGAAGGYCUUCUGCUUUGGCAAAAGAGACAGAGUCUGGCAACUAUCCUUCCUUGUCUCAGUUUUUCUUGGUUUCUGUCAGUGAGGAGAAUAUUUUUUUUCUCGAUAGACAUUAAUCAGUGUUAUUAAAUGGCAGUAGAAUAGGUUCCUAUCCAAACAGACUUCCUUCCCAGCCCUAAACUAUGAGAAUGGGUUGACAGAGAGCUAUUUCUUUUGGAUUAACAGCUGUACCCCAUACAAUCUAAGCUAACAAAACUUGUGCAGACAUGAAUCAAAGUUGAAAAGAAAAAUCUUUUUUGGUUCUUCUGUGAUAGUUGACUGCUGGCUUGUUUCCUACUGUCCUUUGCAACUGUAGUGGCAAAAGACGACUGUAGUGCCAUAGCUUUCCAGUGAAUGAAAUGGAGAAAAACGUAUUGCCCUUCAAGCUUAUAUAUGCUGUGUUUUGAUUAAGGAAAGAAUUUGUUGAGCUGAUUAAAAAAUGCCUAAGAAACAUGUGGGAUUGCUUGUUCAUUGGUUUGUUCAUUUUUUAAGACUGCAGUCAGGGACAGUUUGUAAGUGAAGAGAUGGGAGAUUUAGCUUAUACCUCCACAGAUGUUAGAAGUACCAAACCCAGCCAGAUAGCAGCUGUCUUUCUAAGUGCGCAUGGCGAACAGAAAGCCAGAGUGCAAAGACUGAGAAAUGAGAUGCCCUGGGCAGCUGGGCACGUGUUGCAGAGACUGUCUGGCUGCAAGCAAUGAACUGGCCUUCAUUCAUAAGAGGUGAAGAGGUGCCAAGCAAAGUAUAAGAAAAAGGAAACAAAGAGCUUAAACAUUAGUGUGACAUUUUCCAGAUUUGCUGUAAAAGCCUGGAGAUACAGCAUCUGUGAAGGUAGGCAGGUUUAUGAUAUUGUCUCUUAAAAUACAUUGAUGCCAAGUGGAUAAAAUUUAAAUUGGUUUUCUCUCGAACUACAGUAGUGGCUAAAAAAACUAGCUUUCAUUUUUACAGGAUAGUUAAUGGAUAUGUGAAAAGUCUUGAUAUAUAUUGCUCUGUAUGAAGAUUCUUUGUAAAUGUAUUGUUUUCAUGGACACAGAUAUCUGCAGAUCUCUGUGUCUGGUUUUCUUCUUGUCUAGAAAAAGAUUGGAUGGGUUCUUCUGCCACAGGUUACAUUCUUUGUAGCUCAACUGCAUCUAUUUAUUCCCAGGUUUUAUGUUGGCUAUAUUUGUAGUAGUAGAAUUUCAAAAAGAGGGUCCUGUGCAUCAUAAAUCUUUUCAGAGAGUACUUUUCCUUCUUCUAGGAAAAAUCUCAAGCAUUAGGAGGAAACAUCUUUAAGUGCCUCAAUAUGGCUGCUAAACCGAGAUGCUGAAAGUAUAUUAUUGCACGUAUAAAUGGCUUUUACCUUGCAGAUUUGCUGAUUA